UUCUUUUUCUUCGUUUUGGUUGCCUCUUUGACAGACAGAGUCACCAUGGAAACCGGGAGCCCCAGGAAGAUACAGUUCACCGUCCCCCUGCUGGACACCCACCUGGACCCUGAGGCAGCUGAACAGAUCAGAAGACGCAGACCAACACCAGCUACUCUGGUGGCAUCCAGUGAUCAAUCAUCACCCGAAAUAGAUGAAGAUCGUCUCCCUACCCAGUUGUACAAGGCAGCCUUGUUGAACUCUCCUCGACAGCGGAGAAAAGGGCAGAAGGGAACGCCUACGAUGAAAGAGCUGCAGUUCCUGGUGGAGCACCACCUGUACCGGCAGCAGCAGGGCGCAGGGGACGAGUGCUCCUCAGAGAGCUGUCUGUCAGACCGGCCCAGCCCAGACUCUGUUCCCACUGGGGAGGAGCUCCCACAUGACGACGAGGCCACUGCAGAGGCCUUUGAGAAACUGCGCUGCCAAAUGGAGGAGUUCUCCAGGGAGAGCCUAUUAGAGGCUCCAGGUGGGCUCGAGUGCCCCCUCUCCAACGAGAAAGCAGGAUGCUCCAGUGCUGCCAGCGAAGCAGAUCCUUCAACGCAACAAAACAACGCACAACCAGACACAAAAGCAGCAGCAUCCAGCGCGAGUCAACCAGCAGAGGCAGAGACAAAGAAAAGCAGCCAGGAGAAAGAAAAAUAGAGGGGUCUUCUGUUCAACACAAUGCUGCUCAGUGUGCUCAGCCAAGCCCAACACAAUGACAGAAGAUUGUGUCUGCAGAUCCACUUUUUACAGACAUCAGGGCAUCUAUGUUCCUCUACUGUCAGGCCUUAGUUUCCACCAGAGAACAAAGGUUACUACUUUUAUUUCAAAGAACAUGUGUGAAUUAUAAUUACUUCAUUAUCAAGAUUUAGUUUGUUGUCACUUCCACGGAGCAAAAUGCUGUGUACCCCAAUUUUAUGUUUGAUUUCUGUAUCUUUCCCUUGAAAAAGACAAAAACAAGUCCUGUAUGUAUAAACCCAACUAGAGGUAACUAUCAAAUCGCACAAUUAUGGCCAUAAAUAACCAAAACACACAUCCAUAACAUCCCCCGAAAAUUGCAUCAAAUAUGCAAUUUGCUGCUUAUUUACAGUGUGCCAUGACUCCUGCAACUAUUGCUCCACCCCAAAGCAAUAACGAUGUAUAUGUACCACACAAAUGUGGACUAAAAAGCAUCAUAUUUUCAAAUUCAGGUAUUACUUUAACUUAGUCCCACUGAGUUAGAUUCUGAAAUUGAUUCAACACCUCGGUUGAACAUAAAAAGAAUUAACAUGUUUACGCCACUAAAUCACAAUUAAACUAUUAUGCCUUUAUAUUCCACGUGAAAGUAAAUUGCAUGUUUGUUUUUCCAUUGAGGCAUUUAUGAAGAGCUUACAGAAAAUUUUAUUGAAUAGUUAAUGGAUUUGAGCAGAUAAACUGAAUUACUAUCCAUUAGACAGAAACUGAACAGCAUAGCCAAAUCUGUCCUGAAAAUCACUCAAGGAUCAUAGAUUCUCUCUCUUCCCAUACUAGAGAAUCUAAAGGAGGAAAUUUUAAUCCUAAAUAUAUUUUUUGCUGUUUUCACCCAUUGCAUUUACUAUCUAGAAUACCAGUAUAUAUAGCCCAGUGAUGGGGAUCCUCUCUCCAACCAGUUAAAAGCUUCUGUUUCAUCCCAAUCUACAUAAAUUAGCAGCAUGGUUGUACCGGGCAAAUAGUUUGGUUGUUAUCACUCUGGACGCUCAAUUUAUUGAUCAAAUUUGCAUUAUGAGACAUCAACAAUCUAUUUGUGAUUAGUUUGCAGUGUUAUUCGCAGUCAUUGUGUGUUCAACAACCAGUGAAACAUUUUUGUCUGAUUUCAGUCCCUUGAGUAUAAACACCUCAAAAGAAAGACUUUUAUCUGAUUGUAAACUUUGUUGACAAUCACUAUUAGUCUAAAAUGCAUCAAGCAAUGCCAAUCAAAUAAAGUUCAUAAUCAGCUCUAGUGAUUACUUUAAUUGCCACCUAGUUAAACCCAGUUAACUCGCCUCAUAGAACUCUUUGUAAAGUUAGCUCAUUGUCAGAAGCUGCUACACAACACAAACACAAACAACUUUUGAAUAACAAACAGCUUUUCAGCUAAACCUUCGUUAUCAUGUCGCUAACAGAAAACAAGGAACGCGUUUUGUCUUGUGCAUUAGCUUGUUGAACAAGCUAGCAACAAAAGGUCAACGAGACUACAAACGUCAUUGCUAAUCUCGUUGACUAGCCAAAAAGCCUCUAGGCUUCAACACAUACAUCAACAACGA